AACUGAAUUUGGCAUUAGGAACUGAUCGGAAAUAACCAACAAUGUUGGGUGCAUUCUCUCGAAGCACAGAUAGCAUGUGCAGAAAAUGCCUGGUCAAUGUGAGUCAUUUCUCUGUGUUGGAUGUGCAUGGGCCACGAGUGAGUGCAGUCGUUUGUAGACUCAGCAUGGGGGGUUUUCUAAGUCUGGUCCUUGAUAUUACGAAGCCUGGGUCCGAAGCGGCGCUCGACGGUGGUGGACUUGUCUCGAUUCCUACAGCAGAUUCUAGCAUCUGUGGAAGCAUCUCCUCCACCGACCUUGAAACAAUUCUUGCCCAGUUUCCAAAAGCAGGGAAUUGAAAAUUGACACCAGUUUCUAAUGAAAGUAUUUGUGUGUUUGUUUUGAUAUUUUUUUCGUCCCGAGAAUAAGAGUUGGGUGAGCUGUUGGAACGGCACGUGGAUACUAGUUUCGCAGGCCUGUUGGAAAUGUCCAUAUGGGUGCGGUAUCACCUGGUAUAUGUUACAGAAAUUAAGUCCCGCUGUUCUCCGAAAAGGCAACAGCGCUACAGUUGUCGUAGCCGACUCCAGCUCGCACCUUGUCGACAACGAGGAAGAGCAACCUGUGGAAGAAACAGGCAACUCAAGUUGAAUAAUUCCAGUCCAUUCGGUGCACAGUGUAAUUUUAGCAAGGUUUUGUGAAUUAUGAUUUGUCCUUGUAUUUGUUUGAAGUCAGCUCACACUAGUCGGAUGGGUUUCCGGGAGGUUUGGUUGAAUGCGCAUUGCUGACAUCCUCAAUGCGCAAAACUAGCACUGACCAUGCAGAAGAUUCAUCACGUUGGUCAUUGACCUACACAAAUCAACUCCCACAACUCAAGCGGAAAGGAGCGAUGUGCAACCCCUCCACACCGAUCCUCCCGACGUUUUUUUCAUGUUGAGGCGACAUCUGCCCACCGGUUGGGGUGGCAAUGUCUCACAGGCGAUGGCGUCACGGCCACUGGGUGUCUGAAUUUAGUAACAGGCAUCGUCAAGUAGACCCAGGAACUCUCUGGAAUUGCAGCCAUGGCAGUUGCACGAGGAAAAGGGUUAGCCACGCCCAUGUUGGUCCUCAACAUGUGCUUGUAUCUGGUGGCCGCCAUUUUGGCAGGCUGGGCAUUGAACAGCAAGUUCGACGCGGGCAUGGACUGCAAUCUCUGCCGCUCUUCUCUUUUAAGUCCAGGAUCCGGAAGGUCCAUCGUCCACUUCAAGCUUCUCCAGAGACUUGGCUGCAAUUCAAGCCCAACUCCGACACACCUCCACACCGAUCGUCACUACCGGCCAGCCCUCGACCCAACCUGCGACUGCAGAUGAGCCGAUUGAAUACCCUCCGUCGCAGGUCGGCAUCGAUAACCAUUGUCUUCGAUGGCUCCUCUUCGCAUUCAUUUUCGAAUGGUAGCGAGGUAGGCAAGCCACAUCCAGAGCUCAAAGUCCAUUCGUUCCUCCUGCCAUGCCAUCUAGAUAUCGCAACUGUUGCAGUCGGUGACCGUUUCCAUCACCAUCAACGCCUGCAUUUUUCGCCAGUUGUCGAUGCUUUCUUCCGAAGCUGUUGCUCAUCUGUGGGUCUUGCCCACGCAGCCUUCGUUGAGUAGAUUUAUGGCCGAGGUCCUCGCCCCAACAAACUGCCACCAUCCUCGCAGCAGCUGCUCUUGUUGAUGUUGCGUUGCGAGGUUUUGUCUCGAACAUGUAAAGGCAGUUUGUUUGUUUCACUCUGUUUUCAUUUAUUUAUAAUUAGUUGUAUUUUAAGAUCCUCUUUUGUCUUCGGUCAUCAGGGUGCUUCUAAAGCCCAGAAAGGCUUCACUUUGUCCAUUCCAUUGUCUUGUUUUGGCUUUGGAAUAGAGAGUUCACAUCGUUUUGUUACAUUAAAAUUGAAUAGCAUUUGAGUGUUCGGGGAUGAAGUAGGAAGCAUUUGUUGUGAGAGAGAUGAAGUUUUAUGGUUUUGGACGUAUCAGUUUGAAUAUUUUGAUGGUAUAGUAACAAAAAUUGUUUGUGAAUUA